AUGCUUAAAGUAAGAUAUGAGAACUUUAACGAUUUAAGGAAUGAUGAUGAGAUGUUGAACAUUUCUUUUGUGGCUCAUCCAUGUUAUUAUUCCAUUUUAGAUUUAGAGGAGAGUGAAUUAUUUAAUAAAAUAGUUUAUGAGAAUUUUUGCAAGGUAGCUGAAAAGGUAGAUAUAUAUGAUAAGAAUGAAUAUCUAAGUGUAUAUAGAAGACAUGAUAAAAAAUGUCGAGAAUUACAUAUGCUAAAAAGUUGGGAGUUAUUAAAGAAUACCUAUAGAUAUAAGAUGCCUGUAAUAUUUAAAAAUUUGAAAGAUUUUGAUUUAUAUAAUAUGGAGAAGAUACCUUUUUAUUCUAUUAAUUAUAAUAAAAAAAAAAAAGGAACAAAGGAAAAUGGUUUUGUUGUACGAAAUAAGAAAAAAAUAAAUAUUAUUGAUAAGGGAAAAUGUUUUAUUUUAGAUAAUCAUAUGAUAUAUUCUAUGACACCUGAGUAUAUCGCAAAUAAUAUAAGCAAAAAUAUUUUAUUGAAUACGCACCAUAUAAUGAAAGGAAAUAAUAUAUUAAGUUUAAAAGAGGAUGAUAAAUAUGUGAAACAUCAGAAAGUUAAUGAUAAUCCUUAUUAUUUCAAAUUACGUUAUCAUUAUAAUGAUGAUGAUAUUUAUUGUAAAGAUAAUUAUUCUUAUAAGAGAAAAGGAAUUUCUCCUAUUAAGAAAAAAAGAAAGAUAGAACCCAUUUUGUAUAAUAAUAAAAAGAUGGAUUAUGAGGAAAAAAAAAGAAUUUUAAUUUAUUUAGACCCGUUUGCUGGUGCAGGAGGGAAUUGUAACCACAUGAAUAAUAUAUUUACAAUAGGUUGUGAUAUAAAUUUUUAUAGAAUAAAACAAUGUCAACAUAAUUGUAAUUUUUAUAAUAAAAAUGUUGAUUUUAUUUUGUGUGAUUUCUUUAACCUUGUUACCCAUUUUAGAAAAGGCACAAUCGACGUUAUAUUUUUUAGUAUACCUUGGGGAGGACCAAAGUAUAAGAAUAAAAAGAAUUUUGAGCUGAACACUGAAAUAAUGGAUAAUAUAAGUAUAUAUAAAUGUAUAGAAGUAUCCGUAGAACUAACGGAAAAUUUGGUUUUCUAUCUUCCACGAAAUGUAUGUAUGAAGGAAUUAUAUUAUUUGUAUGGAUAUUACAAAGAAUUAGUAAAGAAUAAAAAAUGUGUAAAUUAUGAAAAUGAUGAUAUUUAUAAAUAUGAUAGAAAAGGGGAGGGGGGAAAAAAAAAAAAAAAAAAAAAAAAAAAAAAAGAUAUUAAGUUGACAUCUAACGAUACAUAUUAUUAUGAACAUAAGAAUAAGUUGCAAAAUAGAAGUAAUAACAUAUUAUUAGAAUUAUAUAUAAAUCGAAGUAGAUGUAAUUAUCAAAAGAAGGAUGAUAAUAGUUUAAAUAAUUUUUUUUAUUUUUUUAAUGAAAAAUGUGAUAUAUAUGAUAAUAAAUUUAUUUGGUCAAAAGUUCAUAAUCUUUUUAAUAUUAAUAUUGAUCAUUGUUAUGAUAUAUUUAAUUGUGGUGUGAGGGAGAAAAGGUCUUUUGAAGGAGAGAUAUAUAAUAUAAAAGAAGAACAUGUUGAAGGAGAAUCCUUACGUUAUUGUAUAUAUAAUAGAAAUCAUGAGAACAUUGAAACGUGUGAUAAUAAAAUACAUAGUAGUUAUGAUUAUUCGUAUGUUCAGGAUGAGAAGAAAGAAAUAAAAGAAAAAGGAGAAUAUUCAAUUAAUUAUUCUUAUUCGAAUGAUGGAAAUAUAAAUUAUCCUUCUAAUAGGAAUAAAAAGAAAAAUAAUAAUAAAAAUAAAAAAAAUAAAAUAAAAAAUAAAAAAAAUAUAUGGGCGUGGCAUAAUACAUGUAUGGUUUUAUACCUUGGUAAUAUAUCUACAAAUAUUAGAAAUAAAAAAAUUAUAAACAUGAAAGAUGUGUAUUAUAUUGAUAAGACCUUAUCAAAUAUAUUAAUAGAUAUAGAAAUUGGCAAAAGUAAAUAUGAAAAUUUUUUUUAUUCAUAUCAUAAUUUGUUUUUUGGUGAAAAAAAGAAACGUUUUUAUUGUAUAUAUAAAAAUAAAAAAAAAUCAUUUAAUAAUAAAUUAUAUAUAAAUAAAAAUGAGCUAAUAGAAAAAUACUUGAUUAAUGAAGAGAACAUUUUAUAUAUAAAUAUUUUUAUUAUGAAAAAAUUAUAUCAUAUAAUUGAAAAAAUAAUAUUACUUUUUUUUAAUAAUUUAAAAAAUAUGAUGGGUUAUGAGAAAAUAAGUUUCUUAAAUAAAAUAUGUAUACACUUAGAAAAUAUAUAUGAUAAAAUCUUGACAGAAAAUAUAGAUAAACAUAUUGAUAUGAAGAAAUAUGAAACGUAUAUUUAUAAAGAUGAUGAAAAGAAAGGACAAUUAUUUUAUAAACAUUUGGUUGAAUAUUUUAAUAUUAUAAUAAGAAAAAUUAAGAAGGAGUUUAUUCUUUUGUUUAGUAUAUAUUUAUAUGAUAUAUCAUUUUUAAGAUAUUAUUUUAGACACAAAAAUAUUAAUAUAGAAAAAAAAAAAAAAAAAUUGUCUACACAAGGUUUAAAAAAAAUUCAUUAUAAUAUAAUAAGAAUAUUAUUUAAUUUAUUAUUGUAUAUGAAAAUUUAUAUGAAUAUUGUAACUAAUAAUAUAAAAUUGGAGCCUUAUUUUAAUCAACAGUUUAUUAUAGAUGAUAUGAAUAUAGACCAUAUACAUAAGAAUAUUAUAAAUAGAUGUUCUUCUAUUUAUUCUUUGAGAAAAAAAAAAAACAGAAAUUAUAAUUUUAGAAGAAAUAAUAUCACGUCAUAUGUGAGUUGCUUUAAAAACUUUAUAAAAUAUGUAAUACGUAUAUGUAUUAAUUUAGAGUUAAAAAAAAAUAAUGAAGAAGAAAGAAUAUCUAUGAAAAAUAUGAGUAAUUUUUUUUUUCGUUCUUUAUUUAAUGUUGAAAGGGUUGAUAUACUUAUAAACAAGCUAAAUAAUAAUAUGAAUAAUAAUGAGGAGCAGGAGGAUAUAAAAUAUUAUAAAUAUAAUUUAUAUUUGUUAUUAAUUCAUUUUUUUACAAAACAAUUUUUAUAUAAUAGCCAUGUUAAUACAAAUCUGGAUUAUUUUAACACCAUCCUUUUCUUUUAUUUUAAUCAGAUAUAUAAUUUGUCAAAAUAUCAAGAUGGGUACAUAAAUAUAUUUGUUCAUUUUCUGAAUAAUUUUUUGUAUAAAAAUUUUUUCCUAAAGAUAACAUGA